CCAAUUUAUAAAGACAUGAUCAUAAAAAAAGGAAGUGGAUAUGACUAAUGUAUCGCCAGUUAUAAAUUUAAGAAGUUUAUAAUUAUUUCUAGAUUUAUACUUCUGCUAUGCACUAAUCAUUUCAAAUUAUCAAAAGCUAUUUUGUAAAGAAGGAAGAGAUAAAGGUUGAUUUGGUUCAAGUGAUAAGCCAACCUUAGUGAUAAAUAAACAUCUGUACUCACAACUACAACAACUUAUCUCAGUCGUUAUAGGACAGAACUGCUUUAUUUUAGCCAUGGCUGUGGACUAUGUUCUGGAGAUAUUUUUGGCUGCAAUCAUCACCUUAUUACCAGUGUUAUUUUACUUUUACUUGACAUCAGAGUAUUCCUACUGGAAGAAGCGUAACGUACCUUACAUAAAGCCAUCUUUUCCUUUUGGUAACAUCAAGGAUCAAGUGAUAAAUAAGGCUGACAUUGGAACCUGUUUCAAAGUUCUAUACGAUCAAAUGCCUAAUGAAAAAUACUUUGGUAUAUUUGAACUUGGAAAACCAACGUUGGUACUAAGAGAUCAGUCCAUUAUCAAAGCUGUUAUGGUAACUGACUUCUACAACUUUGCUGACAGAGGUCAUAUUCAUCAAGAUGUAAAAAAGGAUUUUCUUGCUGCUCUGCACUUGUUCAACUUGAAGGAUAAAGAAUGGAAAAGAAUGAGAACGAAACUUACGCCUACAUUUACCUCCGGGAGAAUGAAGAAGAUGUAUCACCUUAUGUUUAUGUGUUCGUUGGAGCUGGAUAAAUAUUUAGAAAAUGUUGCUAAAAGUAAUGAAACUGUUGAAUUUAAGGACUUGUUGUCUCGAUUUACAAGUGAUUCCAUCAGCUCGUGUCUGUUUGGACUUCAAACAAAUGCCGUAAUGGAAAAGGACAGUGAAGUCAGAAAAAUAAGUAAGCUAAUGUUCCCUAUUGAAUUAUGGAAUCAGAUAAAACUAAUGUUGUCCAUAAAUCAACCUUACGUUUAUGAUUUGUUAGGACUUGAAAUAAACCACAAAAAAGUUAAGGAGUUUUGUAUGCAGGUUGCCAAAGAAACUUAUGACUAUAGAGUAAAUAAUAACAUUUACCGAGAAGAUUUUAUUGAUUUGUUAAUAAAAAUUAAACAAAAUAAGAACUUGUAUGACGAUGAAGAGGAUGACAAAGAAAAGGCUGAAAGCAGACAUUCUGAUGGAUCCAAUGAUGGACUUACAUUUGAGGAAAUGGCAGCUCAAGUAUUUGUAAUGUUUGCUGCUGGGUUUGAAACAUCAUCAACAACAACAACAAUGGCCUUGUAUGAGAUGGCUCGACAACCUGACAUUCUUGCAAAGGCCGUCCAGGAAGUGGAUCAAGUUUUAAAGAGACACGGAGGACAAAUUACAUAUCAAUCUCUCAAAGAUAUGGCUUAUUUGGAACAAGUGAUUUAUGAAACCUUGCGUCUCUAUCCUUCUCUUCCAAUUCUGACAAGAAAAUGUACAAAACCUUACAAGAUGCCGGAUAGAGACUUGAUGGUUGAAAGUGGUGUGAGGGUGAUCAUUCCCAGCUUUGCCAUCAAUAGAGAUCCUGAGAUUUACCCAGACCCUCUAAGAUUUGACCCAGAACGCUUCAACCCCUCUAACACCAAGGAGCACAAAGUGGUGAAUCUUCAUUUUGGUGAUGGACCAAUGGCAUGCAUUGGUAUGCGCUUUGGAAAGAUGCAAGUAAAAUGUGCUUUGACUACGAUUCUCUCCAAAUAUGAAGUUUCGGUGGUUCCAGAAACUCCAGAGAAGAUAACACUGGACCCUCGCUCAUUUCUUCCUGCUCCUCUAGAAUCCAUCCUACUCAGGGUGUCCAAGCGGCAAGAUGUAUAUUUUAUGUGAAAAUUUGCACUUAAGGAUAAACAAACUUCCUAUAGAAAUUAUUAAGCUAAUACUAUAAAAUAGGACAUUGGUACGUUUAUCACCUAAGUUAUU